AUGGUACCCAACACAUCUGAGGAAGGUAUUUCUCAAUAUUUCGACGCAGGAUGUUUCACUGUGUUAUUCGCAAAGCGGUUCUUCGUAGCUGUCUUUACUAUUACAAGUAUAUUUUUUGUUUUGUUGUUCAACACAUGGGCUUACCCGGACCUUGCGCCGCGGUCAGUAGUUGACACCGGAACGAACUGUCUGUGCCAAGAAAGGAGAGAGGUCUUCGAAUCACCGCGCCUGGGUGAACUGAACGGAGAGAUGGAUGUGGAUAGUAAUAUCACUAACCAACAUAUCAACUCUACUAUGCCGUUAGAUAUCAAACCAACAUGGGAAGCAAGUCAUAACGCCACUGCUUACUACCAGGAAAGAAGAAAACAUUCUUGUUAUUACCCUAUCAACCCAGUAUCCAUGUUUUCAAAAACAGUUCCUUCGAAAGAAUUCAAAGAAAAAGGGUGCAAGAAACGGCUUCCCGAAGUAGUUAUUGCUGGAAUGAGAAAAUGCGGAACUGGAACCUUGAUGAAUUUUCUCAAUUUACAUCCAAAUAUUGCAAUUACCAAUCAUGAAAUACAUUACUUUGAUAAUAAUUACGAUCAUCACGGCGACACAGAAUGGUAUCGUGAACAGAUGCAAUAUUCUUCUAAAACACAAAUCCCGAUCGAGAAGACUCCAACCUACUUCUUCCGACCGUACGAUGCUCCCAUGCAAAUGACAAGAACGCUAACGGAUAAGGUCAAGAUCAUAGUCAUACUAUGUGAUCCGGUAAGACGCGCAGUUUCUGAUUAUCUAGAGUUUGUUCGAAAGUUUGAUCAAUCAUCCCUCGGUAAUAUUUACUCGAGAAAAUACUUAGCAGAGACAUUCGAGGAAUCCGUGAUCGACAACAGAAACGAAAUCCAAGUUUAUAACGAAAUCGUUGACGUUGGAAUUUACGUUAAAUAUGUGCACCGAUGGCAGGAAUAUUUUUCAUUUGAGCAAUUACUGUUUCUUGAUGGAGAUCAGUUUAAAAAAGAACCCACCACAGAAUUACGAAGAGUCGAAAUAUUUUUAGGACUGGAACCUGAACAUUUUUAUCUAGACGAAGACAAGGGAUUCUUCUGCGCCAGUUUCCCACAACCAAGUUGUAUGAAUGCUUCAAAGGGACGUUCACAUCCAGAUGUUGAUCCUGAUGUACUGAAACAGUUGUGUGAGUUUUACAGGCCAUUUGACGAUGCUCUCGUGAGAACGACCAACCGCGAGUUUUCGUGGAUUGGGAAAUGUUGA